UGUCGUUGACGGCAAGUAGUAGUAAUUCCGUGCAAAGAAUAGGUAGCGCUGGAUCACCCUGGAUGCGCACAUUUCCCACCAUAACUGCGAGUUGUCUUGCAGUGCCUGGAGUCGUAGCCGGACCAUACCCACGCGCGAUGAAGAUACCCGAGGCAGGGUGUUGGCAUGGCUUUAUAUGGUGUUAUAUCCACGAGCCAGGAACCGCUUCAAGUGAAAUAAAUACUAGUCUCUUCAUCGUCGUCUCUUUCGGACUCAUCAACGCUACCAGCUCGAACCCCACCAUCCACUCGAUUCGUUGCCCAUAAUAUCGCCAUAUAUUCUACGGCUACCAUCACAAUUCCACGGCAUACGUCUUAUAUCCCAGCAGCUACCGGUCCAUGUCCCCCAAAUCUGACGCCGCGAAACCCAGCAACCUCUAGACUAAAAGCACCCAGCAUGGCCUCAGCCUCAGCCUCCGCAACCCCGGAUCCGCGCCCCACCAACAACGCCGCCGACCCCGCCGCCGACGGCGACGAGUCGUGGCGCUUCGCGCCGCCGUACCUCGCGCUCGACGCGCCCUCCACGCCGCCCUUCACC